GAUCCCAAUAAAAUGACAAAGUAUCAAAGAUUGUCUAGAUUAAUCCACGUUAUAAGCCACUGAAAACUCAAAAAAGAAUCGAGCAAAAUCCUCUUAGUUAUGGCGUCUCGAGUAUUAUCGACCACUUCAUUAACUCCCCUUUGUUCUUCCACUACAUUUAACAAACCCAAAAUUAAGCCUUCCACGAACCAUGGGAAGCCAUUUCUUUUCUCAUCAUCUUCGUCCUCGUUGGGUUUUAGAAAUAGGAAGAUAAAGUGCAAUGCUGUGAGUGAAAGCUCUCAGGGUUCUAUGGAUAGGACGGUUUAUCAAGGCGCUUUCGGUCCAUGGACUAUUGAUCCUGAAGAUGUAAGAGAGGUUCUUUUAUACAGGUCAGGAUUAGUAACUGCUGCUUCAUCCUUUGUAAUUGCUUCAUCAGCUGCAUUUUUACCUGAUGACUUUACAUUGAAAGAAAUUAUUGAAAACAACCUUAAUUUGAUCUACUUGAUCGGUGCUGGUGGACUAGGGCUAUCCUUGUACUUGAUUCACAUCUAUAUAACCGAGCUUAAACGCACCCUUCAAGCGUUUUGGGCCCUCGGUGUUGUUGGAUCAUUGGCAACCUACUUAGCCCUUGCUCAACCAGCCGGAGAGAACUUGGUUCAGUAUGUUAUCGAGAACCCCAUGGCAGUCUGGUUUGUUGGCCCUCUGUUUGCCGCAUUGACUGGACUCGUUUUCAAAGAAGGCCUUUGCUAUGGAAAAUUGGAAGCUGGUAUUCUUACAUUCAUUAUACCUACAAUUCUUCUUGGGCACCUGACCGGUUUGAUGGACGAUGGAACGAAACUUACUUUACUCGGUUCAUGGAUGGCUCUCUUUGUUAUAUUUGCCGGAAGGAAGUUUACUCAGCCGAUUAAGGAUGAUAUCGGUGACAAAUCCGUGUUCGUGUUCAAUUCUCUACCCGAGGACAAAAAGGAAGCUUUGAUUGAGAAACUUGAGAAGCAAAAAUUACAAUCAGAUAGCCAAUUUUGAGGUAGUUUUUUGUUAGUGUACUACCAAUUGUUGCCUGUUCUUUUAGUGGCUAUAUAUAACAGUGUAUAGCAUGAAAACUUUGGUGUAUAUAAUAAAAGAAAAAUCCCCCAAAUUUUGGGUUAUUUGUUA